GCUGGUGGCAUGUAAACUUGUUCUUGCGACCGCAAAACCGUUCCCCAACGCAAGCAGCCCCCAAAGGAUGCAAUGGUUGGAAACCAUGUCACAGCUGCACGAUCGAGUUGGGUCUUUGUCGACUGCACGAAUCGAUCAAGAUAGCGAACGUGAUGUUUUUAGCGGCUUUUCUCAACGAGUCUCUCGAGUCAUGUCCUGGCUCGGAAAAGAGCCGCAGAGUGAAGGGGCGUAUGCCGAUCAACCGGUUCAGCGCCCCCGAAAUUCGCUCAGCGGCGCUUCGGUAAUUGAGGAGGGCAGGCUAGGGAAUACUGACCCUGCUUCCUUAAUAGAGCCCGCGUUGUUUGACUUGGGAUUCGACAUGGGCAGUGACUUUGAUUUGACCCACGAUGCAUUUUUUGCUACAGCAAUAGACCAAAUGAUGGGUAGUUGGUUAUAAUUCACGUUGCAGGGAACUGAUCUCCGGUCUCCCUUCCCAAUCAACAUGAGUCAUCGUGAAAUUGCAUGGAAACAGGAGCGAACUGAGACCCCUAUCUCAUAGUGGCGGUACUUGACUUUUUGCGCGAUGGAUCUCGCAUCUCCGACCCGACGCUCUACACUGGGGGCCGCGGGUGCCUCAGGCUCUCAAGGCUUGGGCAUCUCCGAUCCGACAUGCAGAGUAUAUCUUCGAGAACUCCGGGGUCGUGUUGGAACACCUCCAACAAAUUCAGCCUCAAUCAGCCAUAGUAAUGCAUUUCGCAACCCUCAGCAUCAAUUUGCUUUCUUCCCUUCUGGUCCUGUCUCCCUUAGUACACUCAUUCACGCCAUGUCCUCUUCUCGGUCCGGCCUUCCCUCCGUUUAAACUGGACCCAAGCUUCAAAGACGUGAGCGAGGCUAUCAAAGCGCUCACGCAUGAACUGGACGAUCAAAUCAAGUCUGGCAAUGGGUCGCAUGGAAUAACUUACCCCAACACAACCUCUUUCAGCUUAGCCCUGUUCUCUACGAACGAGGGAGCCGGCUCCGAUGGCCCGUUCUUUUACGACUACCAUUAUACAGCUCCUUCGCUGAAGGAGUCGGGACACUACCGCGCAGCUGAUGUGAACAGUGUAUAUCGCAUCGGCGGUCUAAGCCAGAUCUUUACUGUAUGGACCUUGAUGGCCACCGCCGACGAUGGUGUCUUGGAUGAUGUUGUGACAAAAUACCUCCCUGAGCUUGAAAGCGCGAACAGGGACGCAGCAGAGGAUGCGGAUGGUUUUGUUGCAUGGGAAAGGGUGACUAUUGGACAGCUGGCCAGCCACAUGGCGGGAAUUGCCAGAGAUUCCUGUGUGAGCAGUUUGAAUGAUGAAAUAAAAUCUGGCCCUGGCUUACCGAAGCCUCAUGUGUCAUCUAUUAUCUGCAAUUCGAUCUCCGAGGACGAUGCAAUUGCCCGCUUGAUCCAACAGAAGCCGGCGGCCUUUCCUGACUCAACGCCCCUCUACUCCAACAUGGGAUUCGAGGUUCUGGGCUAUGUUAUUCAAAAUAUUUCAGGGCAGCCUUUCGAAGAGGUUCUCCAAAAUAAGAUCCUGAGCCCUUUGGCUUUGGAAGACACCAGUCUUUCCCGGCCUUCGGACUCCUCCAAGGGGAUUAUCCCAGUGAAUGAGGGAACCAGUGGAUGGGCAAAUGAGUACGCAGGAGCGGCACCCGCAAUUUCGAUGUUCUCCAGCAUUACGGAUCUUUCGCUCGCCGGCAAGGCAAUCUUGAACUCGACGCUGCUCUCGCACCUUCAAACCAGGCACUGGCUUAAUCCAGUCUCACACACGUCCAACCCAGCUAACUCGCUUGGCUACCCUUGGAUCAUUUAUAGCAGCGGCAAUUACCCCAAUACUUCCAUGGUGGAUAUUUACACGUAUUAUAGCGAUGUGGGCCUGUAUAGCUCCUACCUAGGCAUUGUCCCCGAUUUCAACAUCGGAUUCGCCAUUCUCGCCGCCGAUAGCGUUGCUAGCCCGGACUUGAACGCUCACGCUGACAUCAUUGGCGAUGUCUUUUUGGAAGCCAUGAUGAAGACAUCCGCGACCCAGGCAUUGAUGAACUUCGGCGGCCAUUACCGUGCUUCCAACAAUAGGUCAUCGAUCACCGUCUCGGUCGAUGAUCUACCGGGGUUGUUUAUCCAGAACUUCGAUAGCCACGGAUCAGAGUUCCGAAGGACCCUUGCUUCGUUAACCGGAGUUCAAGACCCCGAUGACUUGAGUAUUCGUCUGUACCCGACCGGCUUGAUCUUGCCGAGCGAGUCCGGGUCUAGGCAGACCUUCCGUGCGGUUUUCCAGGACAAGACCGAGUUGGCCGACAAUGGCACUCCUACGUGCGUCUCCUGGACUGACGUGGGCAAGCUGAAAUCCAACAAGGCUCCUCUUGACGAGUUUGUUUUUGAGGUCAACGGCGAUGGCGAAGCGGUCGGCGUCGAGAUUCCGGCACUGGAAGUGACUUUGAAGAGGAACUAG